CGCAAAGUGACCGGCCUCCACAGGUAUUCUUCCAUCCAAGCAUCAACACGCCAAGUUGGGCGCUAACACGAUACAGACGAGGUCCCCAGGUCUGCCGACACCGCCUCCUUUGAGUACAAACAUCAAACCAGCGAGAUUCAGUCUUGACAGUGCAACUCCAAGAGCUCAAAACUUGCAGGACGUGCAGGGUUUUAUGUCCGAAGCAGCAAGAUUGCGAUCCAGUAGCGCGAGUAGUUUGGAGUUGAUUCCGGAAAGCCGGGAGCCCGAGACAGAUGCGGAGCCAGACCUCGAAUCGUACGAUGAAGAUGAUUACGGUGCAUUUGGCCUCGGCGUUGGUGAGGAACCAGAAAUCAAGUCUCUGCGAACGGCACUGCAAGAGUGCUGGACUUUAUGCAACACACUCGCAAACCUCAGCACUCACCAUCGCGAGCGGGUGUUCAGCCGCUCCGGAACUCCAGAUGGCCACGAACAAGCAUGGAAGUGCUGCUGGAAGUUAUGCCAGCGCCUCUAUGAUAACCAGGACGAGCCGAACGAGUCUUUCAACGUACGAGAGAACCUCGAUCUAUGCAGGGACUUCUGUCAGUCCCUGUUUGACGUACGCCAACGAAAAGAUGAGCUUGGAGAUUCUGUCUUGCGAGUCAGCUUUGAGCUUAACAACCAUCUGUACAGCGCACAGGACAACAGAGCGCUUCCAGAAGCCUUUCGUGAGCGCACAUUAGACUUCUAUAUCACCCUGUGUCAUCGCCUGAUGAAGCAAAGAGGCGAAAUCGCAGACGAAACAGACUCUCUACUACGAGCAUGCUGGACGCUCGCGGAGAUGUUGUUCAGCCUGAGACAAAACAGAAGGGAUGGAAAGGCGCCUGACGAGGAGCUUCUCGGAUCGGCGGUCCAAGCUUGCUGGGAGCUGUGUGACAUCUUCCGAGAAGGCUGGACUCAGAUACGUCCUGACCGUGGCACGCCUCGUCCAAGUCAGACGAACUUUUUCGGCACAGGUCGGGACAUUCGAGAGGCCGAGCCAGAUGGAAGGGCGAGUAGGGCAUCAAAUCGCUCCAAGAGAGAAAGCACCAAGGGCGAGAAGAUCAGGAAACCAUUGCCGGUCCCGGAGACACCGGUCACGGAGUUUGAGGAUACUCCCGUCUCGCCAGAGAGUCAAUCACCGCAAGCACCCAACAUCAUGGUGUUUGGUACAGAAAGCAACCGCGGUGGACGAUGGUCGAGCAAUGCCUCCCAGCUGUCGAGUUAUUCUCAGAGCAGCCAGCGCACAUCGAGUACCGCGACGACCGCGACGACCACUGAUGACAUCAACGUGACGAGAGUCAAGAUGCUCAUUCUCAAGGCUGCGAUGAACGUUGGAUAUUCCCGAGAUGCUGCCGGCGAGGGCCACAGCAGCGCCGCCUCGCUACAGACAUUCGUCAAAUCUCUACCAACAGGGACUUUUGGUUCCCUGCCAGCGCACGCAACGCUGUUGCAGAGCUAUAAGGGCCUGGUUCUUAGCGAUUCUUCGUUCCGCCAUACAUCGUCUUUGCCGCACCGGGGCAAGCGUGUACUGGCCUAUGAUGUGGCCAAAGGCGUCAAUUGGAUGGUACAUCGAUCGACUCAAUACGGAUUUCUCCGUGAUCUUUUCAAGCUCGUCUUUGGCUUUCAUGUCGAGGAGGCCGAGAUGCGCAAGAACGUCAGCAUCGCGGUAUAAUGCACGGCCUACACCACACGCUCAUAUCAUCUCGCCGCAGCACUGCGGCUCAUGUGUGCACCCCCGUGCCCCUCUCCCACAAGACAUAGACAUGGCAGCAAGCAAGACUGUGUGGGCGGCAUAUUGAGGCUGUCUGAGUACGAAUUAUGUUGGAUAGAUUAGCUCCUUAUUGUUCGCUUUUUUUUUGGUUACACGCACGAAUAUACCCUUUGACUGCUUCCUCGA